AUGGAGAGCAAACAUAAGAGGAGAAAGAACCCUAACGUUCGCUUCUCUUUCUGCUCUCAAACUCUCCCGCCUCUGCUCGUUCAUUGUGUUAGCAGUAGUGCAAUUCGCUCCAAUCCUAACCUCGCUUUUAAUGGCUACCAGCCCUGAGAAACCACGCGAUAUGAAUCAAGAAGAAGAAGAAGAGGAAGAUUUGAGCUUUGAAGAGUUGGGUUUGGACGCUCGCCUCGUUCAAGCUCUCUCCAAGAAACGAAUCACCAAGCCAACCCAUAUUCAACGAGCGGCCAUCCCUCUCAUCCUGCAAGGCGAGGAUAUUGUUGCUAUGGCUCAAACUGGGUCGGGUAAAACCUUUGCUUACCUUCUUCCUAUGAUUCAGAAGUUAUUUGCAGAGACAAAUUCAAACAAGGCGGCUCCUUCUGGUUUUGUGCUUGUUCCGACGAGGGAGUUAUGCCAACAAGUGUAUUCGGAAAUUUCAUCUCUAUUUGAGCUUUGCAGACUUAAAAAGAAAGUUGUACAACUCUCAAGCAGCAUGCCUGUACCUGAUUUGAGAGCUGCAUUGGCAGGACCUCCUGAUAUUGUGGUAACAACUCCAGCUUGCAUUUCAACGUGCUUGUCAAAAGAUGUUCUUCAAGCAUCAGAUCUACAGUGUUCCCUUUCUACAUUAGUUUUGGAUGAGGCAGAUCUCCUCCUUUCAUACGGCUACGAAGAAGAUUUGAAAUCUCUUGUUUUCCAUGUUCCUAGGCAUUGUCAGUGCCUUCUGAUGUCUGCAACAUUAAGUGCAGAUGUUGAGAAACUGAGGAAGCUUGUGCUGCAUAACCCAUCCAUAUUGACACUUGUGUCAGAGGAUGGAGAAACAACUGAUAGCAUCAUUCCAAGUAGUGUGCAGCAAUUUUAUAUCUCAUGUGAUGCUCAUGACAAGUUACUUCACAUUCUUGCUCUUCUGAAGCUGGAACUUGUUCAGAAGAAAGUGCUCAUUUUUGUCAAUGCCAUUGACACUGGUUACAAGUUGAAACUGUUUCUAGAACAGUUUGGCAUCAGAUCUGCUGUUCUAAAUGCUGAAUUGCCACAAAAUUCUCGUGAUCAUAUUCUUAAGGAGUUCAAUGCAGGACUAUUUGAUUAUCUGAUAGCAACUGAUGUUGGCAAAUACCUGAAGAAUGAAGAGUCUCCUGGGAAAAUUUCUGCUGUAAAAUCCAAAAAACAUCGGAAGCCACUUUUGGAUGCAGAGUUUGGGGUGGCCAGAGGAAUUGAUUUCAAAAAUGUCUAUACGGUUAUAAAUUUUGACAUGCCUCGAAAUUCUUCUGGAUAUGUUCAUCGGGUUGGACGGACAGGAAGAGCACUCAACACUGGGGCAUCUGUUUCUCUUGUUUCUGAAAAUGAAGAGGAGGUUUUUGAAGAAAUCAAGUCAAUGAUGGGUGACAAUUCAUACCAGGCGGCUUCAAAGUUUAUUGCACCGUUCCCCUUACUUACAGAGAAUGCUGUAGAGUCACUACGCUACAGGGCUGAGGAUGUUGCCAAAUCUGUAACAAAAAUUGCUAUCAGGGAAUCACGAGCUCAAGAUCUGAGGAGCGAAAUUAUUAACUCUGAGAAGUUGAAGGCUCAUUUCGAAGACAAUCCUCGGGACUUGGUGUGCUUUCUCUACACAGAACUACUGAAGCAUGACAAGGUGCUUACCAAGAAGCCUAUCUCAUCGCAUCUGCGCUCUGUGCCCGACUAUCUAGUGGACCCUACAACACAUGAAGCUAGCAAGAUUGUUAAGCUCUCAAGGGCAGCAAUGGGCCAGAGUGACUUAGGCCACAAGAGGCGGGGUAAGAAAAUAAUCAGGGGAAAAAGUAGAGAUCCUCUCAAAACCUUCUCUGCGCAGAUUCGCAAGCAGGGUUUGGCAGGAAAGGGGGAGAAGAGGGAAAGAAAAGGAGCUGACCAGCAAAGACAGAAGAUGUCAAGGAAAGCUGAUUGAAACCUAGUUCAACAAAAGUCGUAGUAGUGCCAUAUUCUUAUUUAUUUGAUUUUAUGGCUUCAACAACAUCAUGGGGAUCAUUCCCUGCAGUUUUGUCCUGAUUCAUGUGGAUGAGUUGCACUCCAUGCUGUUCCUGUUUGUGUGCGUGUGUGUGCGCGUGUAGUGUGUGUGUGUGUGAGAGAGAGAGAGAGAGAGAGAGAGAGAGAGAGCAAAGUUGAUUCUGUUGUGAACAGUACAAGUUUGAUCGAAUGUCAAACUCAAGAAAAUACAUAUCAUGAUAAUAUGAACUAUAGAAAUAUGGAAAGCCGAACUUCAAAUUUUGGAGCAUUUAAAAUGCUGUUUUUAUCGAAUGCUUCCUGGAUCUGAAAAGCUAGCAUUGAUCUGAUAUGUAAUGCUAUUGGCAGGUACAUUGUUAUUGAAAGUUGGGAAAACAAGAUGGUAUUUGAUGUUUUUUGCUUUGAAUGGAACAUUUAAUCUGAGGACACAAAAUAUGAAACUUA